UCUAUGUUUGGUAGAAUUGGGAAAGGGGGUUUGUGAAAGAGCCACACCCCCUUCAUUGCUUAUGUUUAGCUACACUUUUAGCGUCCAUCAUCUGUUUGGCUUUUUUAAACUCCUUUUAAGGCACCAAUAGAACUCUAUCCGGGUCUUUUUCGCCCUUCAAGUUGGCAUUUAUAUAUUUUCGGUGAUAAGUCAACACCAAAAUGAUGUCAAGGUCUGUACGUGCAGAAACGCGAAGCAGAGCUAAAGAUGACAUCAAGAGGGUUAUGCAGGUUGUUGACAAAGUUCGUCGAUGGGAGAAAAAAUGGGUGACUAUUGGAGACACGACGAUGAAGAUUUUUAAAUGGGUGCCGAUAACUGCAAGCAACGAUCAGAAAAAGAAAGCUAAAGAAUUGGCUUCGGGUAAAGAAAAUGGAACGCCUAGGAAGGGAGCGUUGGACAAUUCAAACUUCACGCUUGCCGAGGACUCAAAUACAUGCUUCUCAACUGUAAGCGACUCCCAAGGACCGACAGAAUUUGGAGCCACUCUUGGCUUUUCUGAAGAUUCCAAUUCGCAGAGCAGUGAGCCGCCUUCUAAAAGAUUGAAACCAACGAAGGAAUGAGACAAUUUUUUGUUCGAUACGACGCCAUGUGCAUCUUGUACAUAAUUUGGAUUCAUACAUAAAACUGUUAUUAUCAAACAUUCUCAUUAAUUUAAGUGUGACGAUUUUCUGUUUAAAGAAAUAAAACUAUUGUAAGAUAUA